UGUCAUGUCCUGUUUAACCAACUUCAAGCAACUUCAUGGGAACAAUUUGAAUUACUUCCACUACACCUAGAUUUCCCACGGAUGCCGGGUCACUCGUCAGUGCGCGCGGUGUGCGGAGUGUGGCUGGUGGCGGCCUUCAUCCUGGGCACCGUCUACCGCUCUAAUAUGGCCGCCAUGUUGAUCUCUCCCAGGAUUGUAUUGCCCUUUGACACGGUGGAACAGUUGGUGCACUCCAAAAUUCGUCUAUAUAUGACAGAAUCCAACUAUGCACAUCAAGUUUUAAUGGCCUCGCCCCCUGACUCCUCCCUGGGCAGACUGCGAGGUCAGGCCUUCUGGAACACUGACAUCCCCAAGGCCACCGUUGACACAUACAGCGGGGCUAUUGCUGCCUCCUCUCCUCUCAGCUCCCUUCAGUUCGUGGAGAAUUCUUUCUUCUCCCGGUUACUACCUCUACCCCUUCGUUCUGCUGUUCCUACAAUUAAACAAUGGUACAUCGUCUACUUUGAGAAUUUCCAUUAA